AAACUUCGCGCGCCACUUCUGUGUCAUCACUAACCUAAAAGUUUGUUACAGUGUAAAUGAAACGCAAAGAUAUCGUUUUGUAAAUGGUUUUCAAAAUGACAAAUCGGUAUCAAUGUUAGCAAUUUUAGUGUUAAUUAUUUAUUGAAAUGGAUGUAGACAAUCAGAGUGAAGACGGUGAAAUAAAAAAAAGCCCAAUGAAGGACAUGGAUGACUUUAGUUUUUCAGAAGAAGAAGGAGCAGAUACUGCGGAUUCUUUAGAUAUAAAACCACCACAAGCUGCAGUUCGUUUACAUAAAUCUAGUUCAUCUAGAAGACGAGAGAAACACAGUGAUCGAAGAGACAGACGAGAUGAAAAAGACAGAAAAUCUCGUCAUCACGAUAGAGAAGAUAGACAUAGGGAUAAACAUAGACAUCGUCGCCAUGGUUUAGAGUCAUUGGAAAGAUCAGAAAGGUCAGAUGGGUCCAAAAGAGAUCGAGAUAGAUUAGAGCGCCUUGAUCGUUUAGACCUUCAUUCACGUGAACGUGAAUCUUCUAGGCAUGAUAGAAAAGAAAGAUGUACCGGUGAUCGGGUUCUCGAAGAUUUGCGAACAAGGAACUUCGUUUCAAGAUUGUUGGACAAACGUCGAGAACGUCGAGAUGAUGGCAGAGACAUGCGAGAAUAUAAAUCAGAUCGACGUGAAUUACGUUUAGAAGAAAGUCGAGAUCGCGAUCGACGUGAUAUGAGAAUUGAGGACAUUAGAGAUCGACGUGAGGUUCGAAAUGUUCUUGAAGAUGGACGAGAUCGUCGUGAAAUGCGAGUUGAUGAUCGUCGACACAUGCAGAAUAUGGAGGAAGGCUAUUCGGAGUCAGAAUUAAUGGAAAGGUCAGAAAAGAGACAUAAAAGAAAUCACAAGCAUGAGAGAGUACGAGACAGAGAUAGGGAAAAAAUAGAUCGUGACAGAGAACAUCGGGAAAAACAAUUACGAGAAGCAAUGGAACUUAUUCAGGCCGGAGAGCAAGAAGAAAUGGACAUGGGUGAGAUGCCAUUGCAACCUAAAGAUCCCAAAGAAAUGUCUGAACAGGAAUUACGAAAAGAAAGGUUACUAGAAGCAGAUAGAGAAAUGGCUCGAAGAAAAGAAGUAUCACGGAUGGAGUUGGAAGCAAGACGAUUAAAACGUGGCGAAAAACGUCCUCAUAGUCCAGAUCGAGAUGCUGAUCCUUCAGUAGUAGAAUUAACAGACGAAAGUGUCAGUCCUAUUCAAUCCGACGACGACCAAUCGAAAUCUACUAAAUCUCAAGAUAGACAAUCAUCAGAAGAACACAACAGCGGUCAAGACAGAUCUUCUGACAGACACUCAUCAGACUCUUCAGAUUCAAGUAGUGAUGACGAUGACGAAUCAAAUGAUUCGAAUAAAGGUUCCAAUGAUGAAUCUAACGAUGGAUCAGAUUAUAACAAUCCUAGUCCAUUAUCUGUUGAUCGACUGGCCAAAUCAGAUCACUCCGAUGGUGGUUCUCCAGGUCGUGUAGAAUCUAAUGGUACUGCUAAAGAGGCGGAAGAAGAGGAAGAGCAGAACAAGAAAGUUGAAGAACCUGAAUUGCCUCCCUAUUUGCCAGCCAUUCAAGGCUGUAGGAGUGUUGAAGAGUUCCAGUGUUUAAAUCGAAUUGAAGAAGGAACUUAUGGAGUUGUAUACAGAGCUCGAGAUAAACGCACAGAUGAAAUAGUGGCCUUGAAGAGAUUGAAGAUGGAAAAGGAAAAAGAUGGUUUUCCAAUUACAAGUUUACGAGAAAUAAACACUUUACUGAAAGCUCAACAUCCAAACAUUGUGACAGUGCGUGAAAUAGUCGUAGGAAGUAAUAUGGAUAAAAUAUUUAUCGUCAUGGACUAUGUUGAGCACGAUUUAAAAUCAUUGAUAGAAACAAUGAAACAAAAGAAACAAGGAUUCCUUCCAGGCGAAGUUAAAUGUUUAAUGCAACAACUAUUGAAAGCAGUUGCCCAUUUACAUGAUAAUUGGAUUCUCCAUCGGGAUUUAAAAACAUCUAAUUUAUUAUUAAGUCAUCGAGGAAUUUUAAAAGUUGGAGAUUUUGGUUUAGCACGAGAGUAUGGUUCUCCAUUAAGGCAGUAUACACCUAUAGUAGUGACUCUAUGGUACAGAGCACCAGAGUUGCUUUUAAAUGGCAAAGAAUAUAGCACGCCAAUAGAUAUGUGGUCAGUCGGAUGUAUUUUUGCCGAGUUAAUUAAAAUGGAAGCUUUAUUCCCAGGCAAAUCAGAAAUAGACCAAUUAAAUAGAAUAUUCAAAGAAUUAGGAACACCCAGUGAACGUAUUUGGCCUGGAUAUAGCAAACUUCCAAUGGUUUCUAAGAUACCAUUCGCUCAUUAUCCUGUCAAUAAUCUACGACAGCGAUUCAGCCUGUUUUUAUCAGAUCAAGGAAUUGAAUUGCUAAAUAAAAUGUUAACUUACGAUCCUGCUCAACGAAUGACUGCUGAAGAUGCUUUAAAGCAUCCUUACUUUACGGAAACUCCAUUGCCGAUAGAUCCAGAAAUGUUUCCAACAUGGCCAGCUAAGUCGGAGUUAGGUGCCAGGACUGCUAAUGCUUCUCCGAAACCACCGAGUGGUGGAAAAGAGUACAAACAGUUGGGUGAUGGUGAUGAUGCUGAUCUCAGUUAUUCAGAAGGUUUUCAUAUGGGACUUAUUGAAGGAGGCAGACCUCCUCCAGUAGGAGUUGGGUUUCAUUUAAAAUUUUGAGUAUCUUUUCUUGACAUAAUUGAAAAAUAAAAUCAAUUAAAAAUGCAUUUUUUAUUCAUUAUUUCUUAUUGUAUUGUACUGUGAGAAAAGGACAUUAAGUAAAUUUAAUUAGUUUUAGUUAAAUAGUGAAAUGGUAUCAUCUUGAAAAAAAAGUGUUUAUGAUCAAUUUUAUCUACGACAAAUCAAAAAAUCAAUAUUUGGGAGAUAUUUUGUAUUAUUAUUGAUAAUUUUGAUAUACUCCUUUUGGUUCAUUACAUUGCAUAAUAAUCUAUUUUAGAUAAUACAAUAGAAAAUUGUAAUUAUUUUGUAAGAAUUGAAAUAAUUUUAAUUAAAAUUUGUCAUAAACACAAUUUUUCGUAUACAAUAAUGUUAAUUUAUGCGUCUCAUAACAGUGAAUAUAGAAUCAAGACGCGUAUAUUUAACGAAAAAGUGAAAUACAAAUAAAAUAAAUAAUACCAUCGUCUGUUCAUUUUAAACUAAUGAAUGUUUAUUAGUAGAUUUAUUCAUUCUCAAUAAUCGAAUUUUUUUACGGAUAUGCUGACUAUUUUUUUAUAUUUAACACGUGAGAUUAAUCUCAGGACGUGUAAUCAAUCGUUGAAGAAACAUUUAUCAAUUCAUGUAAAUAUGUCAAAAGCUGUGACAUUGAAUUAAAAUUGGAAUCAGUUGUUAAAUUAAUGUGUAAUUAAUGUGUGUACUAUGUACAAAUUUAAAAAAAAACAAACAAAUAUUGGAUUUAUAUACUUCUAUAAAAUAUUAAUAAUAACACUUGA